AUGACAGAAGGCACAACAGGACAAGGAAAACAAGAACGCAAGACAGACCACACAAACGACAGGGGAACAGGAACCAAAACAGACACCCGGACAGAAACGGAAGGAGAGACAGGAAUGGGAACCACCACAGGAACGGCAACAGGCAGUGACACAACAGAAGGGAACAAGACCACACCAGGAACAGAGAGGGCAAAAACAAAGGAACAAAAAAAACGGGACACAAAAGCAGACACAGGCAGAACAGGAGGUUCAUGGGGAUCAGCAGACACAGGCGAGGGGGGGACGGGCAGGAACAAAGGAGCUGUAACAUCCACGGAAGCACGUGAGCCUACAGUGACGUCCACGGCGGCAGACGGGCCUGUCUCUGUCUCUCUGUCUCUGCUGUCUCUGGCUUGGUGGCAUUGGGACAUGGGUAAUUUGGGCUGUGUAGGAACAGCCGGAGUUUCAUCCCAAUGGAACAACCACAAACCGUAG